GGCGCACGUGGUUCGAGCGGGUGAGCAUGCUGGUGAUCCUCCUCAACUGCGUCACGCUGGGCAUGUUCCACCCCUGCGAGGACAUCGCCUGCGACUCGCCGCGCUGCCGCAUCCUCCAGAGCUUCGACGACUUCAUCUUUGCCUUCUUCGCUGUGGAAAUGAUAGUCAAGAUGAUCGCGCUGGGGAUCUUUGGGAAGAAGUGCUACCUGGGGGACACGUGGAACCGCCUGGACUUCUUCAUUGUCAUAGCAGGCAUGCUGGAAUACUCCCUGGACCUGCAGAACGUCAGCUUCUCAGCCGUGCGCACCGUCCGUGUCCUUCGGCCACUCAGAGCCAUUAACAGAGUUCCCAGUAUGCGCAUUCUGGUGACGCUUCUCUUGGACACGCUACCCAUGCUGGGCAAUGUCCUUCUCCUCUGUUUCUUUGUCUUCUUCAUCUUUGGCAUCGUGGGAGUCCAGCUGUGGGCAGGUUUGCUCAGGAACCGCUGCUUCCUACCCGAGAACUUCAGCAUCCCUUACACGGUGGACUUGGAGCGCUACUACCAGACGGAGAAUGAAGAUGAGAACCCCUUCAUCUGCUCCCAGCCCCGCGAGAAUGGGAUGCGCUACUGCCGAAGCAUCCCCACGCGCAGGGAAGAAGGCCUCGAGUGCACGCUGGAUUAUUAUUCCUACAAUGACACCACCAACACGUCCUGUGUCAACUGGAACCAGUAUUACACAAACUGCUCUGCCGGGGAGCACAACCCCUUCAAAGGAGCCAUCAACUUUGAUAACAUCGGCUAUGCCUGGAUUGCGAUAUUUCAGGUCAUCACGCUGGAGGGCUGGGUGGACAUCAUGUAUUUCGUCAUGGACGCACACUCCUUCUACAACUUCAUCUACUUCAUCCUCCUCAUCAUUGUGGGCUCCUUCUUCAUGAUCAACCUCUGCCUGGUGGUUAUAGCCACGCAGUUCUCUGAGACGAAGCAGCGCGAGAGCCAGCUGAUGAAGGAGCAGCGGGUGCGCUACCUGUCCAACGCCAGCACCCUCGCCAGCUUUUCGGAGCCGGGCAGCUGCUACGACGAGCUCCUCAAGUACCUGGUGUACGUGGCCCGCAAAGGCAGCAAGCAGCUGGUGGAGCUGUACCGCGUGGCCGGCGUGCGCAUGGGCUUCCUCGCCAGCCCCGCGAGCAAAGCGGCGGCCGAGCGGCAGGCCGGGAAGCAGCGGCGCAGGAAGAGGUCCUCCGUGCACCACCUCAUCCACCAUCACCACCACCACCACCAUCACUACCACGUGGGCAACGGCAACCUGCGGGCGCCGCGGGCCAGCCCGGAGAUCAGCGACGUGGACGCCGGCUCGCUUCACGGCGGCGCCAACCGGCUCAUGCCGCCGCCAUCGGCGGCGAGCCCCGGCGCGGCCACGGUCAACGCGGAGUCCGUGCACAGCAUCUACCACGCCGACUGCCACUUCGAGCCGCUCCGCUGCAGGGCGUCCCUCGCCCCGGCGGGCCUCAGCUCGCCCAGCCCAGAAGAGAUGCCCAAGAACGUGGUGGGCAGCAAGGUCUACCCCACCGUGCACCCGAGUACCUCCCAUGAGAUGCUGAGGGAGAAGAGCUUGGGAGAGGCUGUAGUCGGUGCUGGGGCCAGCAACCUAACCAACCUUAACAUACCCCCUGGGCCCUACAGCACCAUGCACAAGCUGCUGGAGACGCAGAGCACGGGGUUCCUCUCAGUUCACGUGACAGAGAAAGGCGAUGGCUUUCCAGGUACAUGCAAGCUCUCCAGCCCCUGUGCCAAGCUGGACAGCAGCUCCGGCAGUGCCGACGGCUGCCCCUACUGCCUCAAGACGCUGGCCAACGACGCGGAGCUCACGGACAACGAGACGGGCGACUCGGACAGCGACGGCGUGUACGAGUUCACACAGGACGCCCACUACAGUGACCAGAGAGACCCUCAGCGGGGAAAAGCCCGGGUGAAGAAAGUGAACCGGGUCCUGGCCUUCUGGCACGUGGUGUGCGAGACCUUCCGGAAGAUUGUGGACAGCAAAUACUUCGGCCGUGGCAUCAUGGUGGCCAUCCUCAUCAACACGCUCAGCAUGGGCAUUGAGUACCAUGAGCAGCCAGAGGAGCUUACCAAUGCCCUGGAGAUCAGCAACAUCGUCUUCACAAGCCUCUUUGCCCUGGAGAUGCUGUUGAAAGUCCUCGUUUACGGUCCUUUUGGCUACAUUAAGAAUCCAUACAACAUCUUUGAUGGGAUCAUUGUGGUGAUUAGCGUCUGGGAGAUCGUGGGCCAGCAAGGCGGGGGGCUUUCAGUCCUGCGGACGUUUCGGCUCAUGCGAGUCUUGAAGCUGGUCCGCUUCAUGCCGGCCCUUCAGCGCCAGCUCGUCGUCCUCAUGAAGACCAUGGACAACGUGGCCACCUUCUGCAUGUUGCUGAUGCUCUUCAUCUUCAUCUUCAGCAUCCUGGGGAUGCACCUCUUCGGCUGUAAGUUUGCUUCGGAGCGAGACGGUGACACCCUGCCGGACAGGAAGAACUUUGAUUCCCUGCUGUGGGCCAUUGUCACGGUUUUCCAGAUCUUGACCCAGGAAGACUGGAACAAAGUCCUGUACAACGGCAUGGCGUCCACCUCUUCCUGGGCUGCUCUCUACUUCAUUGCUCUCAUGACCUUUGGGAAUUACGUCCUCUUUAACCUGCUCGUGGCCAUCCUGGUCGAGGGCUUCCAGACUGAGGAAAUCUCCAAGCGAGAAGACGCGAGUGGGCAGUUAAGCUGUAUUCAGCUGCCUGUCGACUCGUCGGUGGGUGACGCUUCCAAGUCCGAUUCCGAGGGGGAUCUUUUCCCUCACAGCCUGGAAGAAGAGGCUGGGCUUAAGAAAAACUUGUCAAAUCCAGCCUUGCUGGCCCUGAGCGACCACCCGGAGCUGAAGAAGAGCCUCACGCCGCCGCUCAUCAUCCACACGGCGGCCACCCCUAUGCCCAUGCCCAAGAGCGCCAUGUUCGGCGAGGCGGCGCAGGGCUACGAGUCCCGCCGCGCGAGCGGCGUCUCCGUGGACCCCGCCGCUCACGAGCUCAAGUCACCGUCCAGUGUGCGGAGCUCCCCGCACAGCCCCUGGAGCGCCGGCAGCAGCUGGAACAGCCGCCGCUCGAGCUGGAACAGCAUCGGCCGCGCUCCCAGCCUCAAGCGCCGGGGCCAGAGCGGCGAGCGCAGGUCCCUGCUGUCCGGAGAGGGCAAGGAGAGCUCCGAGGAAGGCGACAGCUCGGACGAGGAGCACUCCAGCCGCGCGGGCAGCUUCAACGGCUCCUUACCUCAGCGCAUGGAGUCGCUGGAGACGAAAGGCUCCUUCGACCUGCAGGACACGUUGCAGGUGCCGUCGCGCUACCGCAGCGGCAGCGUGCACGGCGGCCGUGCCGCCGCCGCGGAGCACCGCGACUGCAACGGCAAGACAGCCGCGGGGCUCCUGCUGCACCAGCUGCCGCCCGACGACGCCGACAACGGCGACGACGAGGGCAACAUGAGCAAAAGGGAGCGCAUGAAGGCUUGGGUUUGGGCGCAUCUCCCCACCUGGUGCAAAGAGAGAGACUCCUGGUCCAUCUACGUCUUUCCUCCUCACUCGAGAUUCCGUCUGAUGUGCAAUAAGAUCAUCACGCACAAGAUGUUUGAUCAUAUCGUCUUGGUCAUCAUUUUCCUGAACUGCAUUACCAUCGCCAUGGAGCGGCCCAAAAUCGAGCCUCACAGCGCCGAACGGAUUUUCCUAACGCUCUCCAACUACAUAUUCACAGUUAUCUUCCUGACUGAAAUGACAGUUAAGGUGGUGGCACUGGGCUUAUGUUUUGGGGAGAAAGCCUACUUGAAAAGUAGCUGGAACGUGCUGGAUGGAGUGCUGGUUCUCAUCUCCGUCAUCGACAUCCUGGUCUCCAUGGUGUCAGACAGCGGCACGAAGAUCCUGGGGAUGCUGAGGGUGUUGAGGCUGUUGAGGACGCUGCGGCCGUUGAGAGUCAUUAGUCGAGCCCAAGGACUGAAGCUGGUAGUAGAGACUCUCAUGUCGUCCCUGAAGCCCAUCGGGAACAUCGUGGUCAUCUGCUGUGCCUUUUUCAUUAUCUUUGGGAUCCUGGGAGUUCAGCUUUUCAAAGGGAAGUUUUUUAUCUGCCAGGGGGAGGACACCAGAAACAUCACAAAUAAAUCGGAUUGUGCAGAAGCAAGCUACAAAUGGGUCCGGCACAAGUAUAAUUUUGAUAAUCUCGGCCAGGCCCUGAUGUCUCUGUUUGUUCUGGCCUCCAAGGAUGGAUGGGUGGAUAUCAUGUACGAUGGCUUGGAUGCUGUUGGAGUUGACCAGCAGCCGGUCAUGAACUACAACCCAUGGAUGCUCCUUUACUUCAUCUCUUUCCUGCUGAUUGUCGCCUUCUUUGUCCUCAACAUGUUUGUGGGGGUCGUGGUGGAGAAUUUCCACAAGUGUCGGCAGCACCAAGAGGAGGAAGAAGCCAAGAGGCGGGAGGAGAAGAGACUUCGCCGGCUGGAGAAAAAGAGAAGGAGUAAGGAGAAACAGAUGGCUGAUCUAAUGCUGGAUGAUGUAUUAAUGGAGAGCUCAGCCAGUGCAGUGCAAGAAGCGCAGUGCAAGCCCUACUACUCCGAUUACUCCCGCUUGCGGCUCCUCAUCCAUCAGAUGUGCACGAGCCACUACCUGGAUCUGUUCAUCACGGGGGUGAUCGGCCUCAACGUCAUCACCAUGGCCAUGGAGCACUACCAGCAGCCAAAGAUUCUCGAUGAAGCCCUGAAGAUUUGCAAUUACAUCUUCACCGUCAUCUUUGUCCUCGAGUCUGUUUUCAAGCUAAUUGCCUUUGGCUUUCGUCGCUUCUUUCAAGACAGAUGGAACCAAUUAGAUCUGGCAAUUGUGCUGCUGUCUAUCAUGGGCAUCACUCUGGAGGAGAUUGAGGUGAACGCGUCGCUACCAAUUAACCCCACUAUUAUCCGAAUCAUGAGGGUUCUCAGGAUCGCUCGAGUGCUGAAGCUGCUGAAGAUGGCUGUAGGGAUGAGAGCCUUGCUGGACACCGUGAUGCAAGCACUGCCCCAGGUGGGGAAUCUGGGUCUUCUCUUCAUGUUGUUGUUUUUCAUAUUUGCAGCUCUUGGAGUGGAGCUGUUUGGAGACCUCGAAUGUGACGACACGCACCCCUGCGAGGGGCUGGGGAGGCACGCCACCUUCAGAAACUUCGGCAUGGCUUUCCUGACUCUCUUCCGAGUGUCCACAGGAGACAACUGGAAUGGGAUAAUGAAGGACACGUUGCGAGACUGCGACCAGGAGUCCACCUGCUACAACACUGUCAUUUCACCCAUCUACUUCGUCUCCUUCGUGCUGACGGCUCAGUUCGUCCUGGUUAACGUGGUGAUCGCGGUACUCAUGAAGCACUUGGAGGAGAGCAACAAGGAGGCGAAAGAGGAGGCAGAGCUCGAAGCUGAGCUGGAGAUGGAAAUGAAAACUAUAGCUCCAGGCCAGCGCAGCCCCUCGGACAUCUUCGUUUGGACCGGCAGCAACGGUGGAGAGAGACCCGAGAGCCCCCGAGGAUGUGUCAACCCCCUGCAAAUCAAGGUGGAUUCUCAGCUCUCGUUAGUUUGCCCUAUGGCGGAUCUGCGCUGCCGGGAGCCCGCGCCCGCCCGGACCCCCAGCAAGGACUUGCUGAGCGUGCGCAAGCCGGCCGUGGGGCGCACGCACUCGCUGCCCAACGACAGCUACAUGUUCCAGGCGCCCGGCGCCGGGCCCCGCGCCGCCCCGCCGGGCGCCCGCAGCCCCGCACACCGCAAGGAGCACUCAGGUUCAAAGACAUCCGUGCAGUCCCAGCCGGCUGACACCAGCUCCCUCCUGCAGAUCCCGAAAGACCAUUUUCAGCACAUAAGAGCUCCCGAUCACUGGCUCGGGGAGAGCAAGGCGCAGGUUGCCCAGCCCGUGCACUCCCCUUCUGCUGAGAGGCUGCUCCGCAGGCAGAUGGCGAUCAGAAACGACUCUUGGGAGAGCAAGGAGAACGUGCACGCGGAGGCGGGCGAGCCCGCGGAGCCCGGCGGGCGCGAGGAGGGGGAGGCGACGGCGCGCGGCGCGGGGACGCCCGCGGGACGCAGCGACGCGGCCGCCUGGAGCCGGGCGCGCGUCCGCACGCAGCAGCACGCCCACGACCAGUACAACAUCGCAAAGCAGGCACCCGCAGCCUGUGCCUGUGCAGACUCCCGUGCAGAGACCCCCGGAGACUCCGUGGAGCGAGAAGUGUCCGAAACAACCAGCUCCUCGGAGCCUUUCACUUCCGAAACUUGUACAGCCUCGAGUGCCUGUUCAGAGGUUUGGCCUCUCUCUCCCAAGAGGAGCAUCGGCAAUACCGGCAACGUUACGCUGAAGGACCUGAAGAAAUACCACAGCGUGGACACCCAGGGCCUUCUAAAAAAGCCGCCCUCUUGGUUAGACGAUCAAAGGAGACAUUCCAUAGAAAUUUGCUCCAUGGAAAACAGCCCCCAGCACCAUUCCACAUCCAGCUCUUCUGGCUUCAUAAGUCAGGUGGUAAGUGAAAUGGAAGGCCUGCAAGGGACGCGGCCCAAGAAAAAACUGAGCCCGCCGUGCAUCUCUAUAGAGCCGCCCGACGGACGCGGCUUGGUGCCUCGAGGCGUCUCCGCCGCCGGCGCCGAGAGCUGCCGGAGACGGCGCGCGCCGUCCUGCGAGUCCAAGGAUUCCGCGGAGGCGGCGGAGUCGCCGCUUCCGGACAGCGCGCCAGCCUCUGCUGCAGCCCCGAGGAAAGACCUGUUGACGCUCCCUAGCUUUUCCUUGGAUCAAACGGAAAUGGACCCCUGAGUUACUUUUCUGUUGGUGCCAAAUGUUUUCUUUCUUUCACGUAAUAGAGGA